AUUUUUAAUCAUAUUAGGUUUUUGUGUUUCUUUAACUUUCUGUCUCAUUUCAGUUUAACGUUAGCUUCAGUGCUAAUUUCAGUUUAACGUUAGCUUCAGUGCUAAUUUCAGUUUAACGUUAGCUUCAGUGCUAAUUUCAGUUUAACGUUAGCUUCAGUGCUAAUUUCAGUUUAACGUUAGCUUCAGUGCUAAUUUCAGUUUAACGUUAGCUUCAGUGCUAAUUUCAGUUUAACGUUAGCUUCAGUGCUAAUUUCAGUUUAACGUUAGCUUCAGUGCUAAUUUCAGUUUAACGUUAGCUUCAGUGCUAAUUUCAGUUUAACGUUAGCUUCAGUGCUAAUUUCAGUUUAACGUUAGCUUCAGUGCUAAUUUCAGUUUAACGUUAGCUUCAGUGCUAAUUUCAGUUUAACGUUAGCUUCAGUGCUAAUUUCAGUUUAACGUUAGCUUCAGUGCUAAUUUCAGUUUAACGUUAGCUUCAGUGCUAAUUUCAACUUGACGUUAGCUUCAGUGCUAAUUUCAACUUGACGUUAGCUUCAGUGCUAAUUUUGCCUUCUUUACGACGUCGAUCUGUUGGUGGUGGUUGUCGGUUUCCUUAGCAUGGACUGAUUAAAAGGGCAUGUUGAGAUUAUUCAGUGUUUCCAGUCUUGUACGCAGAGCUCUGUGUGUCAGUGCUGAGGAAAUGGGAAAGAAAGGCAGUUUCUUUUACGCUGUAAGGAAAGGACACAGGCCUGGUGUGUACCAAACAUGGGAAGAAUGCAAAUUUCAAGUGGACAAAUUCCCUGAUGCACGAUAUAAAAAGUUUGCAGUUGAAGAUGAAGCAUGGGCUUUUGUAAGGAACGAGCCAACAUCCUCAGAGAAGUCUGGAGCCACCCAGAGUACCAUAAGUGUUCCUGUUGGCUCAAAAAGGCCCAUUGAAGAGGAUGAGGUUGAUGGAGGGAGUGUUAAGCGAGUGAAACUGGAGUCUUCUGCUGCCGAGAGUACUAAGGGUUUCACCUACAUGGGAGAUGCAGUGGUAGUGUACACAGAUGGCUGCUGUACAAAAAAUGGAAGACAUGGAGCCCGUGCAGGGAUCGGUGUGUACUGGGGUCCCAAUCACACACUUAACGUUUCAGAGAGGUUAUCAGGGAGACAAACCAACCAACGAGCUGAACUACAGGCAGCAUGCAAGGCACUAGAACAAGCCAUAAAUAUGGACAUCCAAAAGCUAGUUCUCUACACAGACAGCAAAUUCACUAUUAACGGGAUUACCAGCUGGGUAAAAAACUGGAAAACCAACGGCUGGAGACUCAAAACAGGGGGUGCAGUGGUCAAUAAAGAAGACUUCCAAAAGCUUGAUGAACUAAAUAAAGAGCUUGAUGUCAAAUGGCUGCACAUCCCAGGUCAUGCUGGCUAUUUAGGAAAUGAGGAGGCAGACAGACUCUCUAGAGAAGGAGCAGCAAAACCUCAGUGCUAACUGGUGUUGGCAAACAAAAACUGCUGCUGUGUUCAUGCUUGAGCUUUGGUUAUUAAUAGUGUUUGCGUUUUUUUUUUUUUUUUUUUAAUGUUUCAUUUGACUCUUUCUGUAAAUAAACCUUUUGUUAAAAUUGUGAUGCUUUGCUAGAUUUUUUUUUUUUCUUUCCUGGAUGAAAACCUUUGCAGACAGUAAAAGAAGCAGUGUUUUCUUGAAGGUUUGUGGAUACAUAACCAGAAUUAAUAACCAGCGUAUAAAUGUUAGUAGACUGUAUCAAGGAAUUGUUUCAGUAUAUAAUUUACUGUAUAUUGUUCAUUUGUGAAAUCCACCCACUGUCAUACAGCAGUUUAUCCCCAGAUG